CCUUGAUUUCAGUUCGUUUUGCGAUCGCGUCCAGAUCAUUACUUCAAACCAAAGAAGCUACACGCUAGGAUAAGAUGGUCUGAUAUACCUUUUAAAAUUUCAAUGGAGCCAGGUUCUGAUAUCGAAACGUAAGAAAUAAGAUGAAUUUUGAGAUCCUGUUCAACAUUAUUGGCUUCAUUUUAAACACAUUCCUCUUUACAUUAACCAAAAUCAGUUUUCUCUAUUUAUUGCACCUUCACGAGCACGAAUCCAAAGAAACAUGGAUAGCUGCAAUGACAUUAGUGCUUGCUGUACCCGAAUUUAUUACUAUAGUCAAACUUUUAUGGAUCACGUCUUUUCUCCUCCAUGGCAAAUUAAGCGAAUGGCCGUCGCUGCCAUCUUUGGUAUCGGGUAUCGUCUGUUCUAUAAUGGAAAGCACAUCGUUAAUAUUUUUUCUUAUGAGAAUCGGUCCCAAAAUUCAUCCGAUUAUCCUAAUCCCUUUACUAAGCAGUGUGCUCUGCUUGAAAAUAGUUUCAAUAUCUUUUAAACAGGGAUUGCGUAUAUUGACCCAUGAAGUAAUCUAUUCAAACAUUAAAUCUGUGAAGAAAAUGCUUUAUGCUGCAUUCGGACUAAUUUCUGUAGCAUUAGUUGUGGCCACGUCAUUUGUGACUGGUUUUAGCCAAAUCUUGACUAUUUCAGAAUCUCUCAUUCUCUCCACAUCCUUAUUGGCUUUAUCUUUCACGUGGUGCCCUGGAAUAGCGACGUUUAUAAUACGAUCUCGAGAUGACCUGGUUGAUGGUCGUAAAAAUGCCAAUAUAUUUUAUACUAUUUUGAAAUUGGUAGUACUUUUUGUCAUAGCCGUUGUUAUAACUUACUUAAAUCGGCAGGACAGCUUCGAAGAAUCAUUUAACAGUUUAAUGCAAGGUUUCGGUAAUAUAAACUCAACAAAAACCAUCAACAAUGGACUCUUGAUUCACCUCUUUGCUGGUUUAUUAUCUCAUGUAUCUACUUACAUAUCAACACGAAUAUGCCUUACACGUAGUGGUAUUUACCUACCAACAAUAUUUGUCACUCCGAUCACAAUCUUGAUCAUCAUUGUUGACAAUUUCUAUGGAGUUUUUCAUAUCGUAAAGUUGUCUGCCCUGUCAGGAUUAACUAUUGCUUCGUGGUUUUGCUUAGGAAUUGCAAUUUUACUUUGGUUGUUACCAAUUCUAAUGCUGGGCAUGAACCAUACACCUGUGCCAAAUUCCAUACUGAAACCUUCGGAAUCGAACUUCUUAAGUUUUUCUUACAACAAUAUCUUCCUCGAACAUCAUUUGCAUUUGAAUUACAAACCGGAAGGAAAUCAUACCAAACAUAAAAAGACGAGUGACAUGUUGACCGGGGUACCCAGCGUGAGCAAAAUUUUUAUAUGUACAACCAUGUAUAGAGAAGCAGAAUUCGAAAUGAAGCGACUCCUGAAAAGUUUAGAAAG